AAGGGAGAGGUCCCGCAUCCCCGCCCCCCCAGCCUCCCCCACCCUCAGCAUCCCGGCAGAGGGGGCGCUGGUUACAAGCGGUGAGCCUGCGCGGACCUCGGCCCACCCGGAGUCCCUAGUUCCUUCCGGGACCUCGUGCUGCGCGUCCUGAGCUGUGGACAAACGUGCGAUGACUCGUACCCGUCGGGAUGGCGCACAGCCGCUUCCCUGCCCCAAAUCCUCUGCCCCGGACUUGCAUUUUGAGUUGCAGGGUCUUGGGGGUCCCCCACGGGAACCAUUGCUUGGGGCCCCGGGGGCGUGGCAGAGGCGGGGCGCCGGGCGGGGUCUUGGCGCGUCUUCAGGGGGCUGGCCUCCUCAAGUCCCAGAGGAGCGCUGUGCGGCCCUGGGGGCCGCGGGUGCCAUGGGGGCGAGGGGCGUGCGCCUGGCCCUGUGCGGCUUCGCGCUGCUCUGCGCGCUGGGUCUGGGCCAGCGUCCGGCGGGGCGUUCAAGCUGCGGCGCCGGCCGCCUUCUACGCGGGACCGGGACGAACGCGCGCUGCUGCCGCUCUUGCGCCCGGGCUGAGGGGGUCUGUCCUGAGACGGACUGCGAGUGUAUCCAGCCCGAGUUCCACUGUGGAGACCCUCAGUGUAAGAGCUGCAAGCGCUACUCCUGUCCACCUGGCCAGGAGGCUCAGCCCGAAGGACCCUCCCCUCAGCCGGAGUCACAGCCUGCCCUGGAGAGCGGCACACAGGGGACCUGGUCUACGAACUUGUGUCACGCGGAGGAGGCGUAUGGGGUCAUUCUGCUGUGGCCCAAACACCAGGCGCCUCUCCUCAUCCACCCCGCAGCCCCCAAGCCUGUGUCUGUCUGUCUCCAGGGAAUUUCAAUUUCGGCUUCAAGUGUGUCGACUGUGUGGCAGGGACCUUCUCCGGGGGCCACGAGGGCCACUGCAAGCCAUGGGCAGAGUGAGUCCCGGGAGGCUUCCGGUGGCCGGGCAGCCCAGGCCCGCUCUGAGGGAGCGGCCUCUGCUGGGCCCCAGACAGCAGCGUGCGGAGGGGCUGCUCCGUGGCUGGGGGCUGACCAGGAGGCUCUGUGUCCCUGUGUCCCAGCUGCUCCCAGUUUGGGUUUCUCACCACGUUCCCUGGGAACAAGACGCACAAUGCCGUGUGCAGCCCGGGGCCACCGCCCGCUGAGCCGCACAGCCUGCUGACUGUCCUUCUCCUCGCUGUGGCCACCGGAAUCCUGGUCCUGACUGUGACCCAGCUGAGCCUGCACGUCUGGCAGCUGAGGAGGCAGAGAGCAUGGCCCCCAGGUCAGUUGUGCCCUGGGGAGGGGGUGGGGGCCCCUGGCCCGCCUGCUGACCACAACCCCUUUGCAGAGACCCAGCUGCUCCUGGAGGCACCGCCGCCCCCGCCCGAGGAUGCUUGCAGCAUCCAGUUCCCUGAGGAGGAGCGGGGUGAGCGGCUGUCGGAGAACAAGGCCCGGCUGGGGGACCUGUGGGUGUGAGGCUUGGCCGUCCUCUGGCCCAGAGGGCCCCGGGCCGGACCCCCCCAGAGCAAGGGCUCUGUGCCCUGCUGUGGGGCCCCAGCUCUCGGCCCGGCCCUGCUCCCCUCGAUGGCGGAAGCAGGUGGGGGAUGGUGGCUGCGACCAGUGCCCCGAUCGAUCGUGCAGAAGAGGCAGCAGCUGACUGGACCCCAGGGAAGACGCAGGCACCCUGAAGCUGCUUCCCUCUCUUGCUGGCCCUGUGGUGGGGGGCUGUGGUGCUUGGUUCCCAGAGCAGGAGGCUGUGGGACCACAGGACCUGGCUGCAGGCAGCUCUCAAUAAAUGCUUGUCCAGUUACCUGA